GCCACAGCUGGCGCUCCCUGACAUGAAUGAACCAUGUUCGGACACGGAGGCUUAGCUCUCCCCGUUUACUGCGCGCUCCUGCUGCUUCCCCAGGCGCACAGUCUCCGCUGGCCGCUUAAGGACAGAAGUGACGCGAGACUGGAGACACACAGGACGUCUGCGCAGACACACAGCCGGACAGCAGCCAGCAAGGAGGAGGUGUUCCAGUGGUGGGGCGAGUGGUCAAGCUGGUCUUCCUGCUCUCGGAGCUGUGGAGGUGGGGUCCGCAGUCAGGAGAGACACUGCCUCAUCCAGAGGCUGUCCACCAGUCAACAUGGAAACGGUUCCUUCUGUGUGGGCUCUCCUAAAAAGUACCAGCUGUGUCCAAACCAGGCCUGUCCAAGCCACAGUGCGAGUUUCAAGCAGCACCAGUGUUCACAGUUUAACUCCAAAGCAUUUGGCCGAAGAUACUAUCAGUGGAUCCCUCUGUAUCCAGCGGAUUACAUUAGCAUCUCCAACAAGCCGUGUGACCUGCAGUGCACCACCAUCAGCGGAGAGAGGCAGCUGCUCGUCCCUGCUCACGAUGGCACCUUCUGUAGGGACACCAAACACCACGGAGUCUGCAUCGAGGGCAUGUGUCAGCCUAUAGGCUGUGACGGGGAGCUGUACAGCACCAAGACGGUGGACAGAUGUGGGCUUUGUGGAGGCAACGGGACGUCCUGUCAGCGCAUCUCUGGAUCCUACAGAAAGGCACUCACACAGUUAGGUUAUGCAUUCGUCAUCAACAUCCCACGUGGAGCCACGGACAUCCAGAUCAUCGAAAGACACAAGACGGAGAACAUCCUGGCUCUGUCAGAUGAAGCAGGGCAUUUCUUCUUCAAUGGAAACAGCCUGUUCGAUCACCCGCAGAACUUCCAUGUGGCUGGAACAGUGUUUAAGUACAGACGUCCUAACAGUGUGUUCUCUGACGGGCUGGAGUACAUCAUCGCACAGGGACCUACGCUGCAGGGGCUUAACGUCAUGUAUUACAACCUAAAUGGGAAGCUGCCCCACAUCACCUACGAGUACACCGUCCCCCUCUCCUCACACAUCACCACAGGCCCCGCCCACUCUCAUCCUAACCACACCCUCAAUGAGCUGAGUGAGGUGCUGUCAGAGAGUCAGACUCCCACCAACCACAGUCACCAGUUUGACAGCGUCCUAGAGUCUGACAACCAAUCGGAAGACAAUCCACAGGAAGAGGUGGGGUCAGAGGAGGAGGGGCUGAUGUGGGAGAUCCGGACGCCGAGCCCUCCUCCACCUGCCGCCAUGUUGGUGUACAGACCUGUGGACGUGAUCAGCCAUGUGUUCAGUCAUAAUGAUGUGGAGGAGCCAGGACCACCCACCCUCGUUGAUUACAGGAGUACCUCCAACUCAGUGGAUGACCCGUCCACUGAUGAAGAGAACGCCCUCCUGCUUUCGUUUCCAGGCAGUAAGAGCGUUCACUUGGCCCUCCCUGACGACGCCCCAAUUCUGCUGCUGGAGCGACUGCAGCUGAACCAGAGCCACUCAGACCCCGCCUCACUGAGCCCUCCCUCCGAGCCCCAGGCGGAGAGUGAAUCUGUCCUGGUGAAGCUCCAACAGCUCGCCCAGGCCCCCAGCACUGAGAGUAAUGACUUUGAUGUGGGGUUGGACCAGGAUAUCCCCAGUAUCUCUGACAUGUAUCGGUGGAAAGUGUCAGCCUAUGCCCCCUGCAGUUCAACAUGCACCACAGGUAUCAGCAGCAGCUUCGCCCUGUGUGUGCGUUAUGAUGGCACUGAGGUGGACGACAGUUACUGUGACUCCCUGACACGACCAGAGCCCACACAUGAGUUCUGUACGGGGAAGGAGUGUCCCGCCAGGUGGGAGACCAGUGGCUGGAGUGAGUGCUCCCGAACCUGUGGGGAGGGCUUUCAGUACAGGACGGUGCGCUGCUGGAAGAUGCUUUCCCCAGGCCUGGACUCCUCUGUGUACGACUCCCUUUGUCUGUCACAUGAUCUGCACAAACCGGCCAAUCGCAAAGUGUGCUCCGGACAGAGCUGUGGGCCGCAAUGGGAGGUCUCUGAAUGGUCCCAGUGCUCGGCUCGCUGUGGUGCUCAGGGAGUGCGGAGUCGAGAGGUGCGCUGCUCCAUGGACCUUAAGCUGUGUAACCAGACGAGCAGACCUUCAGACAGACAGCCCUGUGAGGGGCCUCCCUGUGACAGGAGGUGGACCGUGUCAGACUGGGGCCCUUGCUCCGGGGCCUGUGGAGAGGGCAGGAUGGUGCGAGCUGUCAUGUGUCGCUCUUCUGGAGGAGUGCUCAUGUCAGAGGAGCAGUGUGACCACGCCUUCAGACCACUGGCUGUUUAUCCCUGUGGAGACAGAGACUGUGCCCCCCACUGGGUACAGCAGGAAUGGCAACAGUGUAACGCCUCAUGUGGGCGUGGCGUGCGUCUGAGGCAGGUGGUGUGUGCUGGGCUGGAGGCUGGAGUCUUUAAAGAAUUCCCUGAGAGCAGCUGUGACCUGGAGCACAAACCUGACAGCAGCUCGCCCUGUUUCCAGAGGCCCUGCUCCAAAUGGUUCACCACCGCCUGGUCCCAGUGCAGUAAGACGUGUGGCAGUGGGGUCCAGGUGCGGGAGGUGAAGUGUUACCAGGGCGACGAGCUGGUGACCCGGGGUCACAGCUGUGACUCGGCCCUGAAACCUGAGGCCCGGCAGAGCUGUGAGCUGCAGAGCUGCCCCACCCCUCCUCCAGUGGUGCCCCCUGGUGUCUCUGUGGCUGUAGAGGACUCGUGUCAGGACAAACCCACUGCUAACUGUGCCCUGGUGCUGAAGGUAAAGCUGUGCUCUCACUGGUACUACAGAAAAGCCUGCUGCCAGUCGUGCCGGGCCCCCAGACCCUGAGACAGCCACACUGUGGUUCCUAGAACUACCACGGGCCCCAAACCACACUGUUUCAAACUGGUGCUACACAAAGCCUGCUGCUACCAACUAUUGAAAAGACUGUUCACCUCACCAGCGUCAGUGUGCCAGUCCAAACAAUGUGAAGAAACCUGAGCACUCCAGGGCCUGCUGUCAAUGUUAUUUUCAGAUCUUCUCUUUGUGUCACUUUCCUGCUCCUCUCACGGAAACACCCCGAGCCCCAUUUUGGGACACACACAAACACACUACAGCCAUAACAUCACGACUUUGUCAAAUGUUCAUAAAUAGAACAAUUUUUUGGAAUGGAGCUCAACACUCAACACUAAUACAGUUCCCAUUCAUUUUUCGUGUAGCUUUUUAAACAAGUAUUUGUAUAUUAAGAGUCUAAAGGCAUGGCCCAAAAAUGUGUUUAAGAACUACAAUUUUGCUAACAUUUCCAAUUAUUAUGAUUAAUGAUUAAUUAGUAGAUGCACUGAGUUUUCGGGUGUGGAAAAACGCUUACACAUGUACUUUGACUUAUCAAAGCCUCUCAAAGCUAUCCUGUAAUCAUUCUUCAUUCACUCCAUACUCGGUGGUGGGAAGGAAUUAAACAGAUAGUGCCUUUCCCAAAGACACACCAACAGAACUUGACUCAUGCAGGAAUCGAUCCUCCAACCCACUGCUCUAACCACUGAACCACUGCCUCCCCAAAUGUCCCACAGUAUGACAUUAAACUCUGGAUCUUGCAGUUAUUCAGUUACAGGUGCUUUUAUUGCUCAAAUAUACUGUUGAGGAAAACAGCCCUUUCCUCUUGUGUUCAGUAGUUGUUCAGUAGUUUCUGCUUAGACAUAGAAUACAUUUGAAUCAUAAAUAAAGCCCAGAGAAGAACUGACAUCAAAUCAAAGAAAGUAAUACUUGUACCAUGAGUCUGUACAAGGAGUGUUGACAUUCCCAAGCAGCGACUGCAUGUCUCUACAACGAGUGUGAGACACCAACUAUAGUGGGAGGAUACUGUUGAGGAAAACAGCCUUUUGCUCUUGUGUUUGUUAGUUUUUGCUUAGAUAAAGAAUACACUUCUAAAAGAAAUAAAGUCCAGAUAAUUUACUUAGUCAAACAGAAGAAAACAAUACUUGUACAAGGAGUCUGUGUUGACAUUCCCAAGCAGAGACUUAUAUGUAAACUAUAGAGGGAGGCUACCGUGGUUUUAGACUUCGCUCUUCUUCAUUGGUGCACAUAGACACACAUGAAGUACUCCCCCAGCGUGACGUCACUGCAAAGUAUCAGUAGCAGUGGUUAUACAAAAUAACAAUUAUUUGUCCUAAUGAUACUCUCUAAAAACACCUUUGCACAGAUCUGACGAGUUUCAUGCCAUACAUCUCCGUGAAAACAAGCAGGUGAUACAGCUUCCACCAGAAAAGUUACACAUUACAUCUUUAAGCUCAUUAGUUUCCACAUAACUGAUUAGUCUAUCAAACUCAUUAACCCAUUUAUUUAUUAUUUACGGAAAGUUUUUUUGGGGAAAAAUGAAUGGGAAUUUUAUCUACAGAGCCUGAGAGGUGGGCGGGACUGUCAAACUUCACAACACACAGCAAUGUCGGCGUAAAUAAGGCAGCUCUUCACAUACGCCCAUGAAGGCCAGAGCCCACACGACCAAAGACACACUCUCUAUAUUCCACAUGUUCACUGUCCACUGUGUGUCAUGUUGCUGUUCUUGUGUUUUGUUGUUUUUCACAUUAAAUAAAGAGGUUUUUAUACA